AUGCUGUUGUUCUUCAGAGAAGAAUGGGAGAUGGAGGGUUUGCAAACGGUGGGAAUCUUACUGGUGGUCGGCAGCUCCCUGAAACUCAUGCAUUUCCUGGGCUUGAUUGACUUUUCCACCGGAGGUAACGCUCCCUCCAGCCAAAGCAAAAAAACCAUUAAACAGAGAUUCCUCAAACUCCUGCCCUGCUGUCAGCCCAGCGCCACACCCUCUGUCAGUCAAAACAGCAUUGAAGAUGACUUUGAGCUGUCCACUGUGUGUCAUCGACCUGAGGGCCUGGACAAGCUCCAGGAACAGACCAAGUUCACCAAGAAAGAACUGCAGGUCCUUUACAGAGGCUUCAAAAACGAAUGCCCGAGCGGAGUGGUGAAUGAGGAAACCUUUAAACACAUCUACUCCCAGUUUUUCCCACAGGGGGAUUCAAGUACAUAUGCACAUUUCUUAUUUGAAGCAUUUGACACAAACAAGAAUGGUUCUGUUAGUUUUGAGGACUUUGUCAUAGGCUUGUCCAUUAUCCUUAGAGGAUCUAUAAACGACAGGCUAAGCUGGGCAUUCAACCUGUAUGAUCUAAAUAAGGACGGAUGCAUCACCAAAGAGGAGAUGAUGGACAUCAUGAAAUCGAUCUAUGACAUGAUGGGGAAAUACACAUAUCCAUGUAUGCAUGAAGAUGCCCCGCGGGAGCAUGUGGAAAGCUUCUUUCAGAAAAUGGACAGAAACAAAGAUGGCGUAGUAACUAUUGAAGAGUUCAUUGAGUCAUGCCAAAAGGACGAGAACAUAAUGCAGUCCAUGCAGCUGUUUGACAACGUCAUUUAG